UCUCCCUUCCAUUGUCGCACGCAAGCAAAGCUGCUGCUUAGGAGAGGGUCGCCAUAAACCAUUGUCGAACCCAAGUGCCUCCUCGUCUGCCGAUGCUGUGACUCCCAACUCAGACUCCUGGGAGACUCCUCGGGCUGGCGUUCGGCGCCCGGUCUCCGUUGUAUAACAGCCCUGCCCUAGUUAUCUGUUUGGGAGGCCGGGAUCCCUCCACUGGCGAGCCGUUUUGUAGGUGUCGUGAGAUCUUGUGCGGAGAAGCCCAUUGGCACAGCCCAGCCCGAAGCCCCAAAGAAGGGAGAAGCAUUGCAUGGCCUGAAAUCAGCUCCUCUUAAAUAAGGAUCCCCGCCCCCUUCUGUGGUACCCGGCUGGCGCUAGUUGAAGACAGAUCCUCCUGUGCGUGUUAAUUUAGAGCAGAAACAGUCAUCGAUACAUACCGUGCGGUCUUUUAAGGGCACUGCGCGCCUCUGUUUAUUAGGAGGAGCUCUUUGUUCUGUCUUGGGUGUGUGGCGCAUGAAUGCAAGUCCUCCGCGAGCCGGCGAAAGAAAACGCUGUGUGAUGUAAUCCUUAUGGUCCAGGAAAGAAAGAUACCUGCUCACCGUGUUGUUCUUGCUGCAGCCAGUCAUUUUUUUAACUUAAUGUUCACAACGAACAUGCUGGAAUCAAAGUCCUUUGAAGUAGAACUCAAAGAUGCUGAGCCUGACAUUAUUGAACAGCUUGUGGAAUUUGCUUACACGGCUCGAAUUUCUGUGAAUAGCAACAACGUUCAGUCUUUAUUAGAUGCGGCAAACCAGUACCAGAUCGAACCCGUGAAGAAAAUGUGUGUUGAUUUUUUGAAAGAACAAGUUGAUGCUUCAAACUGUCUUGGCAUAAGUGUGCUUGCAGAGUGUCUGGACUGCCCUGAAUUGAAAGCGACUGCAGAUGACUUUAUUCAUCAGCAUUUUACUGAAGUUUACAAAACCGAUGAGUUUCUACAACUUGAUGUCAAGCGAGUUACACAUCUCCUCAACCAGGACACUCUGACUGUGAGAGCAGAGGAUCAGGUGUAUGAUGCUGCAGUCAGGUGGUUGAAAUAUGAUGAACCGAAUCGCCAGCCAUUUAUGGUUGAUAUCCUUGCUAAAGUCAGGUUUCCUCUUAUAUCAAAGAAUUUCUUAAGUAAAACGGUACAAGCUGAACCACUUAUUCAAGACAAUCCUGAAUGCCUUAAGAUGGUGAUAAGUGGAAUGAGGUAUCAUCUCCUGUCUCCAGAGGAUCGAGAGGAACUGGUCGAAGGCACGAGGCCCAGGAGAAAGAAACAUGAUUACCGAAUAGCCCUGUUUGGAGGCUCCCAACCACAGUCGUGUAGAUAUUUUAAUCCAAAGGAUUACAGCUGGACAGACAUCCGCUGCCCCUUUGAAAAACGAAGAGACGCAGCAUGCGUGUUUUGGGACAAUGUAGUAUACAUUUUGGGUGGCUCUCAGCUUUUCCCCAUUAAACGAAUGGACUGCUAUAAUGUUGUGAAGGACAGCUGGUAUUCCAAACUGGGCCCUCCAACUCCUAGAGACAGCCUUGCUGCUUGUGCUGCAGAAGGCAAGAUUUACACAUCGGGAGGUUCCGAAGUCGGAAACUCGGCCCUGUAUUUAUUCGAAUGCUAUGACACAAGAACAGAAAGCUGGCACACAAAGCCCAGCAUGCUGACCCAGCGCUGCAGCCACGGGAUGGUGGAAGCCAACGGCUUGAUCUAUGUUUGUGGUGGGAGUUUAGGGAACAAUGUUUCUGGGAGAGUGUUGAAUUCCUGUGAAGUUUAUGAUCCUGCCACAGAAACGUGGACUGAACUGUGUCCAAUGAUUGAGGCCAGGAAGAAUCACGGACUGGUGUUUGUAAAAGACAAGAUAUUUGCUGUGGGUGGUCAGAAUGGCUUAGGUGGUCUGGAUAAUGUGGAAUACUAUGAUAUUAAGUUAAACGAAUGGAAGAUGGUGUCACCUAUGCCGUGGAAGGGCGUGACCGUGAAGUGUGCAGCAGUUGGCUCUAUAGUUUAUGUCUUGGCUGGUUUUCAAGGUGUGGGUCGAUUAGGACACAUCCUUGAAUAUAAUACUGAAACAGACAAAUGGGUUGCCAACUCCAAAGUCCGAGCUUUUCCAGUAACAAGUUGUUUAAUUUGUGUUGUCGAUACUUGUGGAGCAAAUGAAGAAACCCUUGAAACAUGAAAAAUGAGUGGACUUCGAGAGUCAUCGGAGACUCAAAAAUAUGGCCACUAAGGCUUUGUUCCAAGAGUUUUGUUACAAAGUUUUAGUGUGGCAAUUUGCUUUGUUGAAGGAAGUUUUAAGUAAAGAAAGAUCCCUAUAAAAUAGGUGUUUUUUUUUAAAAUAUGGAUUUCCUUACUUAAUUCAAAGACCAUAUUUUAGCUGGCUGCAUCACCAAGAACAUAUCUAGCAAGAAAACUUGAAAAAUUAUAAGCAUUUGGUGAAAAUAUGAAUUCUUAAGUGAAUGUCACGCUUAUAACUAUGAUUAUGACAGAGUGGGGGAUUGGCGCAUCAGUGAAGCAGUCUCGUCUUAGCUCUAGAUUCUAUUUUCAUAUCACAGAAGUGCUAUGGUAUUAGGUCUGGUUGUUUCGGUUCAGUCAAGAACUAAGAAAUAGUAUGAAUUAUAAGUCAAGGUACGCAACUCCGAUGGAGCAGCUUCGUCUCACGUAAUUUUGCUUGUCUUCAUGUGUCCCAUUUAGUGCCAAACAUAUUCCAUUUCAAAAACAAGGCAGAGUGAGUCAAGGCAUAUGCACACUCACAAAACUUCGUAAACAUUUUGGUACUUAAAAAUGUACCAAACUCCUCAUGAAAUAGAUUCAGUCCAAUUAACUAUAUUCCACCUUUUAAACACAAAAUACCAAGUUAGCACACAUCAUUAAUUUAUAUCACUGUUUUACCCAGUGCUUAAAAAAUUAUUAGGGCUCUUCAGUUCUCAAUGUUACAUAAAAUCCAAUCGUAAGAGUGAUUGACUAGUAAAAAAUAAAGCUAUUUAUAGCAAAUUUAUAGGUCACUAGAAUAGCACUGAUAGUUAUCCAAUAUCAGUGUUGCCUUUGAACUUCUUAUGAAUUAAAAUGGUAUGAUUCCUUUUUCUUAGCAAGACACAUCAAAGGUAUUUGACCCCAUUAUAUUUAAAAAUUUUGUAAUAAUUUGAAUGAAAUAUUUGUCACCUUGUAUUAAUUGCUUUUGUGCGGUCAAUAAAUCUUUUAUAAACCCAUCUGCUCAUUUCUUUCCUAGUCAUGUUUUGCCCUUUUACAUGAUGGAGUGUGGAGUGAGCCAUAUAAAGCUGUCACCAUCAAUGUUUUUAUCUGGUGAUAUUAAAUAUUUUUAAACU